AUUAAAGUACAUGAAGUCCAUUCAUUGAUUACAUCAUCCUAUAUGAAUAUAAAUAAGUAUUGUUUUAUAUGAUCUGUGUAAUUAAAAAAUUAUAAUAUUCGUUAUAAUUUUACAUUGUAUUAUAUUUAAAAAUAUAAAGAUUUGAUAUAGUAACAUCAAAUGAUUAAAUAAUAUUAAUCAACAAUUAUGAAUUAUUUGGGUGCAAGUGACAACACACAAUAUUGUAAAUUAUGCAAUAAAAAUUCUAAAAUUUAUACUUGUCCAAGAUGUGAAAUAGGUUAUUGUAGUCUGAAUUGUUACAAAUCAGAAAAACAUUUAGAUUGUACAGAGAGUUUUUACAAGCAAUGCGUCGAAGAUGAACUUAAAUCUUCUCAAUAUGAUCCUGAAACAAAACAAAAAAUGCUUAGUAUUCUUAAAAAAAUGCACGAAGAAAGUUUAGAAAGUGAUAUAUUUGCGGAUAAUGGAGAUAAAGAAUUAGAUUCGGAUGAGGAACUAGACUCAGAUGAUGAAACGAAUUUACCUGAUUUAGAGGAAAGAAUAAAGAAUAUAAAUUUGGAUAAUCCGGAUGAAAUAUGGGCGGUAUUAAGUAAUGAUGAGAAACAACAAUUUAAUGCUUUAGUAAAAAGCGGAGAAGUAUCUAAAUUAUUGCCAUCAUGGAUCCCAUGGUGGGUGACUUAUAAGAAGCCAUUGAUAGAAAGUUUAGAAAUGGUUGAAGAAACUAAACAAAACAAUAAACAUGAAGUAAAAUAUCCAGUGAUAAUAAAUGUUCAACCAUUUAAUCAAGAAAAGGUGGUUUCUUCAGAAAUAUUAUCUUGUACUAUCGUUAAUGUGAUUUAUGCUUAUACAUAUAUAGCACUUUAUUACAAUGGUGAUUAUUUAAACUUUGCGGAAGAAGCAAGUAAUGUUUUUCUUAGUAUCUGUGACAGCAUGAGGAUAAACAAAAUAUUUGAUAAUGAAUUACCUGCACUUCAGUCUGUUAUACAAAAUGUCAUGCAAAUAGAAUAUUUACCAAAAGAUCAACAGACAUUAACAAACUUUGUAGAGGCUGGUAUUUUUAUAAUAAGAAAUCCAGAAAAAGUAAAAGAUACUUUACAUACAUGUGCUGCUCUUUCUGAACUUUGGCGUUUAUUAUCAACUGUGCUAGAAGAAAUAAAAGUUAAUAAGCAUAAAACAACUGAAAAACAAUUUUCAACAAAAUUUACUCGACAUAAGGAAACAAAAAAUAGUAACCUCUCAAAAAAAAUGUUAUUUGCAUGUAUAAAAAAAUUAGAAUUUUAUGUAUCAUGGAUCAAAUCUUAUGGCAAAGAUAUAUUCACAUAAAAUGUACAAAUUUUUGUAAUAAAUAAAUUAAUUUUUAUAGAAA